CAAACAUGAAGCUGGACGACGCGCACACAUCAGUCGUUCCAUUUGUUAUAUCUAUCUGGAUUAACUUUUUCUUCCAACACUUUCUCCAGCUCUUUAAAAAUAUUUCCUUUGUCCAUUUUAUAAUUAUAUAAAUCUUUGAACUUUUGGAAAGGAUGUGAAAAAUCUUUAUACACAUUUUGGAAUUGGACAAAAUUGAAACGCAUCAUUGGAGCGUCGUGGGAGUGAGUGCUGUAACUGGCGAGAAGCUCUUAGCAUCAAUCGACUGGAUGAUUGACGACAUCGCAAAACGAAUAUUCACGCUUGAUUAAUUUGAGUCUCUCUCUCUAUAUUUUAUACACGUAAUUCAAUGAUCGCACUAACUGUGUUAACCAAACUGCAAAUGCUCUAAAGUAUUUUCACCGCUAAGAAUCAUUCUCAACAUAUUUUGUUAUACGAAAUUAUUGAAUGAAAGCUAUGAACUAAAAUCCAAAUCAGGGAUCGAAACCAAACUAAAGCGAAUAUUUGGUUUGAGUGUGUGAACAAACCAAACCAUUCGGAACGUUCUGAAAAAUGGUUUGUAUGGCACACAGAAACGUUUAUGCUCACGUGUAUUAUUAACAAUACUAACACAGUGACAACACGCUUGAACGUUGCUCAUACAAACCAUACUCAGAACGUUUCGCUUGAUACGGUUUGCUGCGAGCAGUAAAACCGUUCCAAAAUCGGUUUGUAUGAGAAACGUCAACUGAUUUUCGAUCCCUGAUCCAAAUUUCAUAUGUUUAUUCGCAUUGUUUUAUUUUUGUUGUUGUUGUGGGUUUUGAUUUUAGCUAUGUAUGAAUUUCUAUCCCUUAGCUGCGUAUCAAUUUUAGAUUGGACAAUAACAAAACUCCACGCAUCUCCGCACAAGUUAAUAGUUGAACCAUACGGGGAGCGUAUGGGAAGUUUUCUUUUGUUCCAUAUAAACAAUGAUUCUUCUUGAUUUCAAAAAUAUUUCAAUUUCAAGUACGACUUAAUGAGUAAAAUGGAUUUGCUAGAAGAAUUCGUUAGAAAAUAAAUGAUACAAAUUUGUUUUUUUUACAUCUAGGUAAAUAUAACCGGUCAAAGUAAUUUCAUAUCAAACAUAAUAUUCUUAAAUUUUAAUUACGGAAAUUGAUGUUUUUCAUUAUUCGAACGACUUUUGAACGGUGGUUUAAGUAUUUAAGAUGAUACUUAAUAUGUACUAUGCUAUUGUAUUAUGUAUACAUAUGACAAAUACAUAUACCAGCGCUAUUACAAUAAUGUCAACGAGCUAUCAAGAAAGAGAAAUGUACUCAAGUGACUUUCAAUUGUAUUUCGAAGAGAAUCCAUUUAUUUGACAAAUUAUUUCAUUCAAUUCGAUUCAGUUUUGUUCCCUGGUGUUUUCGAGAGUAGUUCUUUGUUAUUUAUUUAAAAUGGCUGAAAUGGCUGAUGCAAAAGGUGAAUUGGAACAAGAGUGCACGGAAACUGUAGAUGGUCAACCGGAGCAGAAGAAGAAAAGGCUCGAUGAGAGCACAGAUUCAAAUAAUCACAUAAAAAUCACUGACCUCAACCAAUUUUGCUUGGAAAAAAUCUUCGCUCAUUUGUCUUUGGAAGACCUACUUGACGUAUCGGAUUCCAACAAAUAUCUUAAAUUGGCCACUCGUAUGCCAUUCGUUUGGAACUAUGCUGGGAAAUCAGUCAGGAUUGAUCAGCAGGAAAUAAGACAUUACAGCACUGAUAAGGGGAUAAUAAUGUUUGAGCCUUAUACAGAUAUUCAGAAACACACAGGAGAUGAAGAUAUAGUGAUUGUAGAUCUAAAAAAAGGUUUUCAAAUGGUACGUUGCUUCGGUGGCCUGAUAACCGAGCUCAAUUUGCGGUUUUUUUCAUUUUAUAAAAAAAAUAGUUCCGAAAACUAUAAACGCCUUGUGAGUUACAUAGACGAAUUUUGCGCUGAAUCAUUAAAAAAAGUUUCAUUAGACGAGGGGUGGAGAAUUGAAUACCUCGAAAAACCAUUUUUAAACGUCGAAGACUUGACAAUCCACGCUUUAAUUAAUUUUAAAGAGAAAUGUUUGAGCUCGCUGUUCCCAAAAUUGAAUCGCUUGCAUUUAAAUCGAUUUUUCGAAGAUAAACUCUCAGUUCUAUCGGAGUAUUUUCCAAAUUUACAAGAUUUAAAAUUGCGUUGUCACAGUGUCCUGGUUUUUGAUAAUCUUGCUACCAUAUUCCAACUUAAUCCAAAUAUAAGAAGUUUGGAGAUCGGUACAUGCAAUUUCAAUAACUUCAAUAGCUUCAGUGAACGCUAUCUACAAUCUAUUGAAAGUCUUUAUAUUCAUAGCUUUGAAGUCCAAGAAUAUGACAAUUCGAUACAUUUUUCAAAUGUUAAAAAAUUCAAAAUUCGAUAUUUAUUAUGCAACAUAAAUGCUCCUAGCCUGACAAAAAUUCCUUUUUCAUUCAGUGAGUUGAAAGAGUUCGAAAUUGAUUGUUUUCACACAUUUCCUGGGUUUUUCAUUAAUUUUAUCAAUGAAAAUCCGAUGAUUGAAAAAUUAACGUUUACACGUUAUGGUUUACUCAAAAAUGUGUUAGUGACAGAGGAUUUGGUGGCUGUGCUACCAUUUUUAAAAGAAAUUUUUUUCGAUAAUGCGAUUCAAAACACUAGAAACGUAUUACCAACUUUGUUGCCGUAUUUAGAGUCUUUGAGACGUUUUACUUUUCGUACUAGAGAUACGGAUGAAGAAAUCAGGGCAGGUUGCGGCGACAAAUGGCGAUUCUAUCGCCAUGAGGAAUAUAAUAGGAUCGUAACGUUGGAACCCAAUGAGGCGAAUGUUUGAAUUUCCAUUUAUUCAAUUCUUUCCCGUGGGAAUAAACAUAUACCUGGAACACAUAUACAUAAAAACAUUCAUUCUUCUAUAUCAGAUUCAAGUUAAAUUGGAAAAUAAAGCUAGUUAAUUCAUUCUUUAGAAUGGAAGUUUGUUACAUGUAUUUAAAAUAAAACCAAAACAUACAACGGAUAAUAUAAAAUUAAGACAAUAAAUAGGAGCUCAUGAGAAAAAAUUUGAAUUGAAUGUGAACGGUGUGCCGUAUAUCGGAUCUUUUAAACUUUCAACAAUUUUACAAACUAUAAGUUGAAAUAUUUCAAUACCAAUAUAGUUCGAUCAUAAAAUGAUGUCCCCUAUUUCAAUAAAUUGAUAUAGAAAAAAAUGUUUAAAAAAA